UGUCCUUUAUUUUCCCUCACAUGCCGUAUAAAAGUACAAAAGCAAUCACUAGGUGUAAUCAGGGUGUUCCGAAUGAGUAGCUGUCCUUUAUUUUCCCUCACAUGCCGUAUAGAAGUACAAAAGCAAUCACUAGGUGUAAUCAGGGUGUUCCGAGUGAGUAGCUGUCCUUUAUUUUCCCUCACAUGCCGUAUAAAAGUACAAAAGCAAUCACUAGGUGUAAUCGGUAUUCCGAAUGAGUAGCUGUCCUUUAUUUUCCCUCACAUGCCGUA